CGUCAUCUAGGCGACGCCGGCUAACGCCGAAAUCUUCUCUCUCUUUCUCUCUCUCUCUUCUCUCUCUUUCGGGGGGGACAAAAGAAGAGGGCGAGCGAUGCGGCGGAAGGUGGCACCGGAUUCGACGGCGAUGGUGGCGGGAGGAGGCGGCGGGGGUGCGACGGAGGCGGAGCAGGUGCAGCUGUUCUCGGCGAUCAGAAACGGGGAGGACCUGGGACCGUUCGUGCGACGGGCGUUCGCGUCCGGGCGGCCCGAGUCGCUGCUGUCUUCCCUGCGUCAGUUCGCGCGGUCCAAGGAGGCGGAGAUCGAGGACGUGUGCAAGGCGCACUACCAGGACUUCAUCCGCGCUGUCGACGACCUCCGCUCCCUCCUAUCCGACGUCGACUCCCUCAAGUCCGCCCUCGCCGACUCCAACGACGCCCUCCAGUCCGCGGCUGGCCCCCUCCUCGCCGCCCUCGACGCCUACCUCGAGGCCCGCUCCAUCGCGGCCAACCUCGCCGCCGCCCUCCGCGCUGCCCGCCUCUGCUCCCAUCUCUUCGCCCUCCUCGCCCGCGCCAACGAGCACCUCGCCGCCGACCACCUCUAUCUCGCCCUCCGCGCCGUCGCCGCCGCGGAGCGCGACCUCCUUCCCGCUGCCCCCCACCCCACCAUCCGCCGCAUGCUCCUCCGCCUCAUCCCCGCCGUCCGCGCCCACGCCGAGCGCAAGAUCUCCAAGGAGUUCUCCGACUGGAUGGUCCAGAUCCGCGUCGCCAGCCGCCACCUCGGCCAGAUCGCCAUCGGCCGCGCCUCAGCCGCCCGCCAGCGCGAGGAGGAGCUCCGUGCCCGUCAGCGCCAGGCCGAGGAGCAGGCCCACUUCCGCUCCGGCUCCACCACCGCCACCCCUACCCUCCGCGAUCACUCCUAUUCCCUCCGUGUCGAGGAGGACGACGACUGGGCCGGCGACGACGCCGACGACCUCGCUGCGGCCGCUGCCGCCGCCUCCUCCGACGAGGGCGACCCGGGUCUCGAUCUCACCCCGCUCUACCGCGCCUACCACAUCCACAAGACCCUCGGCCUCGAGGAGCGCUUCCGGUGUUACUACUUCGAGAACCGCAAGCUGCAGCUCACCUCCGACUUCCAGGUCUCCUCCUUGACCCCCUUCCUCGAGUCGCACCAGACCUUCUUCGCUCAGAUCGCCGGCUUCUUUAUCGUCGAGGAUCGAAUCCUCCGCACCGGCGGCGGCCUCAUCGCCCGUCCCGACGUCGACGCCCUCUGGGAGACCGCUGUCACCAAGAUGGUUUCGGUGCUGGAGGACCAGUUCUCCCGGAUGCAGACGGCCAACCACCUCCUCCUUAUCAAGGACUAUGUCAGCCUCCUCGGCGUCACCCUCCACCGCUACCGCUACGCCGUCGACCCUCUUCUCGACGUUCUCUCCAAGCACCGCGACAAGUACCAUGACCUCCUCCUCUCCGACUGCCGCCGCCAGGUCUCGGAGGCCCUCGCCGCCGACAAGUUCGAGCAGAUGCUCAUGAAGAAGGAGUACGAGUACUCCAUGAACGUGCUCUCCUUCCAGAUCCAGACGUCCGACAUCACCCCGGCCUUCCCUUACGUAGCACCCUUCUCUUCCAGCGUCCCAGACCUCUGCCGCAUCUCCCGGUCCUUCGUCGAGGACUCGAUCAGCUUCAUGUCUCAUGGCGGGCAGCUCGACAUCUACCCCAUCGUCAAGAAGUACCUCGAACGACUCCUCGGGGAGGUCCUCGACGGCUCCAUACUGCGACUCAUCGAAUCCGGGGGUCUUGGUGUCUCCCAGGCAAUGCAAGUGGCCGCCAAUAUGGCCGUCUUGGAGCGGGCGUGCGACUUCUUGUUUCGCCAUGCAGCACAGCUCUCAGGCAUUCCGCUGCGCAUUGCAGAGAAGGGAAAGAGGGAGUUCCCUUUGAAGAAAUCUCGCGAUGCGACUGUGGAGCUCUUGCUGGGGCUGCUGAGGAAGAAGAUCGACGAUUUCUUGCUGCUGACGGACAGCAUUAGUUGGUUGGCGGAUAGCCCACCCCCAAAUGGGAAUGAUUACUCGAACGAGGUGUACAUAUACCUUGACACAUUGGUCUCCACUGCACAGCAGAUACUGCCCAUCCAAGUCCUGCGGCGGGUGCUUCAGGGUGUCCUCUCCCAUAUAUCUGACAAGAUCAUGGGGCUUUUCCUCAGCGACGCUGUCAAGAGGUUUAAUUCGAAUGCAGUAAUGGGAAUUGAUGUUGAUCUGAAGACGUUCGAAUCAUUUGCAGAAAACCAGUCUCACUUGUUUUCUGAUUCGGAUGAUUCGGGUGCAAACGAGUUGAAGCUUGCAUUAUUAGAGGCAAGGCAGUUGGUCAAUCUGCUCAUGAGCAACAACCCUGAGAAUUUCCUUAAUGCGGUGAUCAGGGAAAGGAGCUACAACAAGCUCGACUACAAGAAGGUGGUCGCCGUAACGGAGAAGUUCAGGGAAUCGUCAGAUCGGCUGUUCGGAACUUUUGGUACAAGGGGUGCAAAGCAGAAUCCGAAACAGAAAUCACUGGAUGCCCUAAUUAAGAGACUCAAGGAUGCUAGCUGAACCAGUUUGCUGGUAGAGUAAAAUAAAAGGUUGACUUUUUUGCGGUGCCAUAUCAUAGAUGUAUCAUGCAGCUUUGGUCUAAUCUGUGACUUCAACCUGGAUUGGUCGACUACUACAUAUGUGUUCUACUUGCAAUGGGGCUUUUUUAUGACUUGGAGGUUCUGUCCGACACUAUAGUUGUCUCCUGAGGAAUGGUGAUUGGUAUUUACUGGGAAUAGACUUUGUCAACAUGGAUUCUUCUGCCAAUGUCGUCCCGACUAGGUGAGUCGGUAUUAUAAUGCUUACGUUAUUACUUUUCCUAUCAUGUAGUAAAUAAGAUGAGGAUAUAAAAUUUACGAGGAUGCACAAAGUUCAACUAAAAACUCUCAAGAUGUGAGCUUGAUUGGAUGUGAUCGAACCAAGCAAUUUCGGUUCAAGAAUCAUCGAUCCGGUAUCGGAUCGGAACUGUUGAAUCAUUGACCUAGUUGAUUUUUUAUCAGUUCAA